AUGGAUUCGGAGAAGAAGUAUCCAUUAUCAUUAAUUAGUAAAGAAAUCAUAAAUCACAAUACGAGAAAGUUUCGUUUCAAACUGCCUACUGCAGAACAUGUUCUGGGUUUACCUCCUGGCCAACAUAUUCAUCUCUCAGCUUUGGUGAAUAAUAAAUUAGUGGUUCGUCCGUAUACACCGAUAUCAUCUGAUGAUGAUAAGGGAUAUGUUGAUUUAAUGAUUAAAGUAUAUUUUAAAAAUACUCAUCCAAACUUUCCUGAUGGCGGUAAAAUGACACAGUAUUUGGAAGAAAUGAAAAUAGGUGAAACAAUUGAUUUUCGUGGCCCUUCAGGAUUAAUCGUUUAUGAAGGAAAUGGUACUUUUGCUGUAAAAUCAUCAAAAAAAGAUGAACCAAAGCGCCACACGUAUAAAAAUAUAGGCAUGAUAGCAGGCGGUAGUGGAAUCACUCCAAUGUUACAAAUUAUCUCAGCAAUCUUCAAAGAUCCUAAUGAUCAUACUAAGGUGUCACUGAUUUUCGCUAACAAAGAUGAAUCUGACAUAUUAAUGAGGGAUGAGUUGGAUAAAUUAACUGCUGAACAUUCCGAACAAUUUAAUGCGUGGUAUACAAUUGAGGAGCCAGUUACUGGAUGGAAAUAUUCAACGGGUUAUGUGAACGUGGAAAUGAUUAAAGAGCAUUUACCUGGACCUGGUAAAGACAGUGAGACAGUGAUUCUAAUGUGCGGACCGCCAGGAAUGAUCAAAUUUGCUUGCCAACCGAGUCUUGAUAAACUAGGUUAUUCGAAAGAUAGUCGCUACAUUUUUUAA